AGGCUGCCCGCUACAGAGUGUGAUGCAGAGACCCAAUCACAUCGGCAUUGCAAUGACAGAAGAUAUCGGCAGCAAUGGGAUGACAAGGUCAAAGGUCGUUGCGUCCUCCGUGCAGCCGUGUGGCUCCACUGUGAGCUUCCACAACAUCCAGUACAAAGUGCAUCCUAAGUCCGGGUUAUUCCGCAAAAGCACAACCAGCUGCAGGGAAAUACUGCUGAACCUCAGUGGAAUUAUGCCACCAGGCCUGAAUGCUAUUCUUGGACCCACUGGAAGUGGAAAGUCUUCGUUCUUGGACAUUCUGGCUGCUAGGAAGGAUCCUUCAGGUCUCACAGGAGAAGUGCUUAUUGACGGCGCUCCACAGCCUCCCAACUUCAAGUGUCUUUCUGGUUAUGUUGUUCAGGACGAUGUGGUUAUGGGAAUCCUGACUGUGAGGGAGAAUCUCUGUUUCUCUGCAGCGCUCCGCUUGCCGAGCUCUGUGCCCCAGAGUGAGAAAGAGACUCGCGUCAAUCACCUCAUCAAAGAACUGGGACUCACCAAGGUGGCCGAUUGCCAGGUGGGCACGCAAAUGAUCCGAGGAAUAUCUGGAGGAGAGAGGAAGAGGACCAUCAUCGGAAUGGAGAUGAUUAUUGACCCAUCUGUCCUGUUUCUGGAUGAGCCCACCACAGGACUGGAUGCAAGCACCGCAAAUUCUGUCCUGCUCUUGCUGAAAAGAAUGGGUGAUCAGGGAAGGACCAUAAUUAUGUCAAUUCACCAACCACGAUACUCCAUCUAUAGACUCUUUGACACGCUGACGCUGCUCCUUAGUGGGAAAAUGGUGUUCCACGGACCUGCAGCAAACGCUCUGGACUACUUUGCCAACAUAGGCUAUCCCUGUGAACCCCACAACAACCCAGCUGACUUCUUUUUGGAUGUCAUCAAUGGAGACUCAGCCACUAUGACUGGGACCAGAGUGCACUGCUCUGAAGAACUGGACUUCGAGGACCUCAGUAACCCUGGGCAGCACAUUGAGGAGCACCUGGUGGACGAGUACAGGAACAGCAUCUACUCCAGGAACACUCAGGCGGCGCUGGAACGCAUCGCUCAAAGCAAGGACCAUGUCUGCCAUCCAGUAUCACACAUCAUCACCUACAACAGUUCCUUUUUCCAUCAGCUGUGCUGGGGGCUUAAAAGAACCUUCAAGAACCUCAUGCUGAACCCACAAACAUCAGUGGCCCAGUUGGGAGUCAAUAUUUUCCUGGCUUUAGUCAUCGGAGCCAUUUUCUGCAGUGUCAAAGAGGAUCAGAGUGGAAUUCAGAACAGGAAGGGUGCCCUGUUUUUCAUCACUAUGAACCAGUGUUUCAGUACAGUGUCUGCAGCUGAGCUGUUCAUCGUUGAGAGGAAACUGUUUGUACACGAGUACAUCAGCGGCUACUACAGGUCUGUCUACUUUCUGUCUAAGAUUCUAUCUGACAUCAUCGCUCUGCGCACCGUCACCUCCAUCUUCAGCUGCAUUGUUUACUUUGUGAUCGGUUUGAAACCCACACUAGCAGGCUUUUCAGUCUUCACGCUGACAGUUACUCUGGUGGCUUACACGGCCACAGUCAUGACCAUGGCCAUCGCAGCUAACCAAAAUGUGGUGGCGCUCGCCAACAUCUUCAUGACCAUCACUUUUGUCUUCAUGAUGAUUUUCUCAGGUCUUCUGGUGAACCUUCCCAGCAUCAUGGACUGGUUGGCUUGGCUGAAAUACUUCAGUAUUCCUCGCUAUGGCCUAGCAGCCCUGGAGAUCAAUGAGUUUGUGGAUUUGAAGUUCUGUGAAGAGGCUGUGAUCCAAAACACCACCGUGUCCAGUGUAAUGUCCAACUGCACUGUGAGCACAGCUGGCCUUAUAUGUACAGGGGAACAGUAUCUGGACUACCUGGGAAUAGAUUACACCACGUGGGGACUGUGGCAGAAUCAUUUGGCUUUGACUAUUAUGGCACUCCUAUUCCUUGUCAUUGCUUAUCUGAAACUUUUCAUCAAGAAAUUCACAUAAGUGUCUGAUUCUGCAUUUUUAAUUCUUUACAUUCUCAAAAACCGACUAGGGGUUGCAAUAGGUUUAACGAAUGACUGGAGUAUAAACACCCAUUUAUAAAAACAUUUAAUUUUCAGGAACCAUUAUGACAAGACAUUUUGUUGAGCCAAGAAUAGAGACAUUUGUUCUGUUAGCUGAAAUGAAAUCAUGCAAGUGCUGGUAGGGUCUCAGUGUAGAAGAGGAUGACUCAUCUCUUCACCUCUCUACCACACGUUUCAUUACUUUGAAUAGUACUACUGUUUGCAGCCUCAUUAUUCCGUGCUGCCUCUCAUUCAAACACAUAUACUUUGUCUUUCUCUGACUGACCUUCAUUCACCAUCUCUCCGGAAUAUAUCUUCCCCUUUUCCAGGCACAUCUCAGUCUGCUCCCUACUAUCACUACAAAUUAUAAGGUCAAUGUUCUUCUUCGAAGGUUUUUUUUAUUUUCAAGUUGACUGUGGUUAUGAUUACUUCCAUUUGCUGUUUUAUUUUUAAAUCAGUUCUAAAGACUACAUGUGUUAACAGUGGUGUACCAUUUUAUUUAGCUUCCAAAAUCACAGGAGACUGACUUGUACCUCAGCACUGAUUAUUCUUCAGAUAUUGUAUCAUGACAUGUAUCUGCUUGAUUGAGUCUGUUCAUUUGUUUGAUUGUUACAAAACCUAUACAUUAUUUUUGAAACUAAACAUUUUAUGAUGCUAAAUAAACAUUUUCAACUAAUCCUGGUUUGAGUGUUUCUACUCUCAAAUAGAUCUAGUUUACUGUGUUUUG